GGGCGCUCGGGGGGAGCCGGCCCGGCGGCAAGGACGCCGUGCGAGUCGGCUGCGCUUCGGCCUUCUGGGGAGACACCGCGGCGGCAGUCCCUCAGCUGCUGUAUGGAGGAAAGCUGGAUUUUCUGGUUUUCGAUUAUCUCUCGGAAAUUACUAUGUCUCUACUAACUGCUGCAAAAAACAAAUCUCCAGAUAUGGGUUACAGUCCAGACUUUGUGCUGACUGCAAUGACUCCUUACAUAAAAGACAUUCACCGAAAAGGUGUUCGUGUUGUUAGUAAUGCUGGAGGUACCAAUCCCUUGGCUUGUGCGGCUGCUCUUCAGAAGGUGGCAAAAAAGGCUGAUGUCGAUUUGAAAAUAGCAGUCAUCACUGGAGAUGAUAUCAUGGGCGAGAAAGAUGCCUUUAAAGGAUCAACUGUCACAGAUAUGGAGAGUGGGAGGCAAUUUCCAGACACAGUCAGUAGCAUGAAUGCAUACCUUGGAGCAAGACCAAUAAGCAGGGCCCUUGACCUUGGUGCUGAUAUUGUUCUUACUGGUCGAUGUGUGGAUAGUGCCAUUGUAUUAGGACCACUUGUUCAUUCUUUUGGUUGGAAUAGAAAUGACUUUGACUUAUUAGCAGCUGGAAGUCUUGCGGGCCAUCUUAUUGAAUGUGGUGCACAGAGUACUGGAGGAAUAUUCACUGAUUGGCAUACCGUUCCAGACUGGCAUAACAUAGGGUUUCCUAUCGUGGAAUGUUUUCCGGAUGGGCAGUUCAUCUUAUCUAAACCUCCUGAUACCGGGGGCCUUGUCUCAAUUGGCACUGUGGCUGAACAGUUAGUGUAUGAAAUUGGAAAUCCUCAGCUUUACCUCUUACCAGAUGUUACUUGUGACUUUUCUCAAGUUUCCAUUACUGAAAUUCCAGGUAUUGAAGGUGGGGCAGUGCAAGUUCGUGGAGCAAAAGGCUCAUUUCCUUCCUCAUUUUACAAGGUCAGUGCCUCAUACCUGGAUGGUUUCAGAGCAACUGCCGUCUGUCCAAUAGGAGGACCAAAAGCUGUGGAAAAGGGACGACGAAUAGCUGAGAGUAUUUUGAAAAGAACUCGGCUUAUGUUUGAAGAAUUUGACUUGGAUGAUUACAGUGCCGUUAACCUUCAGGUUUUAGGAUCAGAAGACACGUAUGGGCCACAUGCCAAAGCAACACAAGAUGGGGGACCCCGAGAAGCUGUUCUCUGGCUUGCAGUUCAUCACAAACAGAAAAAGGCAGUGGAAAUUUUUUCCCGAGAGAUUGCGGCAGCGGGGACAGGAAUGGCACCUGGCCUGACCGGAGUUGUUGGAGGACGCCCAACAGUGUCUCCGGUUCUAAAACCAUUCUUCUUCUUGUAUCCCAAAAAAAAGGUCAAGAUCGACAUCUUCAUUAAUAAACAACAUGUUGAAACAUUUGAGGAAGAUCUUUCCUUCACUACAGACACGAUUGUUUCACCUGAUGUUACCAAGACAGAUGAUGAACUGAAAGAUCUACCAAGUGGCUCACUGUCCUAUCGAUUAGAAGAGUUGGCCUAUACAAGAAGCGGGGACAAAGGCAAUUCUGCAAAUAUAGGUAUCAUAGCACGACAUCCUCUCUAUUACCCAUACUUAAAAAAGAUUCUAACUGCUCAGGCCAUAGAAGAAUACUUCGAGCAUCUCCUACAGAAGGAACAACCUGAAGAACAUUUAGUGACAAGAUAUGAAUUGCCAGGAAUUUAUGGAUUAAACUUCGUUUUGAAAAAUUCCCUUGGUGGUGGAGGAAUUGCAUCCCUGAGAAGUGACCCACAAGGAAAAGCCCUUGGACAGAUGCUUUUGGAUUUCCAGAUAAAAAAUGUUCCUGAUUUAAAGUCUUUAGUAGAAUGACAAAUUGUGGAUCCAUUUGGGGAAACAACUUAAAUAUAAUGCAAAAAUCAAAUUUAAAGUAAAUAAAUGCAAAGAGCGCACGGUAUAACACUAACACGGUGAGUGUUCACAAAUAUAGCAGUGGUGGGAGGGACAGGGUGAUCAUGGCAUCUGCAACAUUAUGUACCACUAAGUUAACAUUCUGUUUUACACAAAUUACACUGCUUUGCCCAGGUGUAACAUGUAUGCAUACUAUUGCCAUCAAAGAAAAUCUCCUUUCUUUUCUGACGCAUAUACUUAAAUGAUAACAAAACGUGCUUUGCCAUUAUAUAAAUGUGCUUUUAGGGUGUGCUGUACUGGCUGAAAGCCAGGCGAAGCAGUAGCUGUCCCCACUUGUCUAGAGUGGAUCUUAACCUGCACUCUUGCACAGGCAAAUCUCAUGUUACCUUGCAGUAGGUGUCCUCCAUGAGAAAGGGACAGAGGGCAAGAAAGGAAUCAGAGGUAACUCUCAGCAACCUGUUGGAUAUAAAUAAUCAGAGGUAACUUUCAGCAACCUGUUGGAUAUAAAUAAUGCUAUUUGAAAGCAUUAGAAUUCUGCGUACAAAUUGAUUUAAAAAAGGAUAGAGGGGUUUUUUUUCUAUUGCAGUAGAAAAGACCCAAUUAGGAUAUAGGGUGAUUAGUAUUAUAUACUGCAUUUUAGUUAAUAAAAAUGUAUUUAAUCAAGUAGUAUAUUUCUUCAUCCAAUUCAUGGGUGCAUUUAUUUAAUUAUCUUCAAAGAAGCAAAAGUAAUAAGAAUCAUGCCUUUAAAAAUUAUGAUUAUAUAAUGCAAACUGAUAUCCUUUAGCAGACUAGAUAAAAUCACUAAAUUCCUUUCUCUUGAUGUGCAAUGAGGAAAAAUAGUUUCUUAUGGAAGAGGAAAAAUCACUAUACUAUUUUAUAUGAAUUAUUGACUACAAAUAUGUAUAUAUCACUAAUUUCUGAUUAAAAUGGCUAAAAAUAUUGA